GAACGUGUUAGGUCACGCUGGACAUAUCGUGCUGCGCAGUAGUUCGCAAAGAUACUCAAAUACCAGCAAUCGCCUGCCACAGUUCAUCUGUCUAUUUCACAGGCCUUAUCAUGGCCACUGUCGUCCUCCGACAUGGAACGUCUCCAACCGACGGCUCCUGGGUCUUUUCGAAUGUAGCCAUACCUCCUACAAAUCGGCCAGGAUAUGGGAAGCAUAUCUCUGUCACUUCGGACAACAUCUCCCUCUCUGUCAUCCAAUUCCCUCAAAAUCGAAUUAUCCAGGGGGACGAUCCAUCAAAAUUCAUUCUUGUAUCGUUCGCCCAGCUCAGAUUCAAGCCUGAGCAGCUCAGUCAAGUUGAGAUGGGGUCGGCAGCUGCAACUAGAGAAUAUGAAAUUCGCUUGUUCAGAGAGGGCCUCGUCUUGAACGGCGUUCAAUAUCGUUUCUACGGGCAUAGUAACUCACAGCUGAGAUCGCGUAGCUGCUUCUUACGUGAAGCACGGAAUGACGAAGAACUGGAUAGGAAAAUCUACAGCUUUGGAGACUUUCAAAAGAUCAUGAAUGUUGCCAAACGUGCUAAACGGAUUGGUCUGCUCUUUUCUGAGGCUAAGAUCGAUUGGAUACUAGAGCCCAAGUGGACGGCUGAUAUCGAGGAUAUCGUCGUCAAUGGAGAGAACUUUUCGGAUGGCUGUGGCCUGAUUUCGCGCAAAUUCGCAAUACAAUUGAGUCGCCACAAGAGGAUCAUCUUUCGCGGCAAGCCAUAUACGCCAACUGUCUUCCAAAUUCGAUAUAGAGGCUACAAGGGUGUCCUUAUGCUUUCGCUAGACUUGCAGCCGGAGCACGCUCAUUUCCGCAAGAGUCAGAAGAAGUUCACUGCCACUCAAAACAACACGUUCUCCGUCGUCGGCCAUUCCGUGCCAUAUGCCUUUGCUCGUCUGAAUAACGAUGUCGUCGUGCUUCUGGCGAGCCUAGGCAUUACCACGGAGAAAUUUGUUGAGAAGCAGCGUGCGUACCACCGCUGGGUUCGAGACACCUCUACCGAGUGGCAGGCUGCGUUUGACUUCUUAUCUGCACUCGGACGUAUUGAACUUGCAGAACGCUUGCUUCUAGAAGGCAUCGAUUCGGAUGCCAUACAGAAGGCAAUUCGAGGAUUACAAAAGUCAGAAGUUGCAAACUUUAGGAAAAAUGAAGGAGGAAGAUUUCGUGUUCGCACACUCAUACCCAAAUCCCGCUUUCUUUUCGGUGUUUGCGAUCCUUAUGGGGUUCUGCGUGAAGGAGAGGUUCAUGUCAGAGUUAUGCUUCCCCGCGAAGGUGCCACAACGCUCACCAACGUUGACGUACUGGUAGUACGGAAUCCAUGCUUGCACCCGGGUGAUUGCGUCAAAUUGCGAGCAGUCAACCAUCCACGCUUAUCGCAUCUCGUUGAUUGUAUUGUGUUUGCUACGAAAGGCCGUCGUGCUGCACCUUCAAUGAUGUCAGGGGGCGAUCUCGAUGGGGACCAGUUCACCAUCAUCUGGGAUCCUGAUCUCGUCCCAUCUACAGUUGCAGAGUCAUACACAUACCCUGCAUCAAGGGAACACGUGAACACAAAUAUCACUCGUCAGGACUUAGCGAAGCAUUUUGCAUCAUAUAAUAGCAUGUCUUUGGCAAGAAUUGUGGCUCUGCAUAGCCGUUGGGCUCGUUAUAGUUCGAAAGGCGCCAUGUGCGAUGAAUGCCAGGAACUCAACGCGCUGCAUUCGUCCGUUGUGGAUGGCGCUUCUACUAGAAUCCCCUCUCGACUGGAAAACAUCCCGAAGAAAGAAGGUGACGAAGAGGAAUAUGUCCUUGAUGCAUUGCAUCGCGAGGCUCAAGACUUUGCCGACGAUUUUCUGAGUAACGAUGCGUCUGCUUCCGGCCUGGCCAUGGUGGAUCAUGAAACCGCAGAGCAGUUUCUCAUAGCUCUCCUAACGACUGAGAAAAUGACCCUUUCCGAAUAUGAAGUCUUUGUUCAGGCGGUUGCGAUUUCGAGACUCCAUCAUAUUGACUUAGUGCGCUACACUUCGCAUAUCGACUUCUCGGCCAUGUCUAUUGCUGAAAAGCAUGCUGCUAGUGCAACGCUGGAUCUGACUCCUGAACAAGCACCAUACAUCUGGAAUAGUCUCGUCAGAUCCGAUAUCCUUCAGCCAAGAGAUCUUGAAAGUCGAGAUCUCGGGGGUCCUCUGCGUGUGCAAAGACUAUAUACAUCAUCCAUCCAGGGCCGUGCAGGUUUCUUCGAAUAUUUGAAAGAAGCCAUCGAAGAUUACAAUCGACGGCUUGUAAUCUUGAGGACAGAUGAGCGGUUCUCCGUUGGCAUCUUUAUGAGGGGACCCAUUACUUGGAAUGAUGAGCCUCCCGUGGACAACAAUGUACUAGUCUGUUUCUUCAUGCCACGUGCAAUGACUGUGUCAUCAACGUACAAGCGAUCAACGAAAGGCUAUAAACUCCAUUGCAGUGACAGCAGAAUGGAGCUGUAUAACCAACAGCGCGGUGAUACAUUCAUAUUCAUUACACGUCCGCCCCCGAGAUCGGGCGCGGACAUUAUUACAAGCAUUGCGCUACAGAAGAUAUCCAGUCAUGUGAUGCGCCAAUGCGGCAGAGUAAACCGAACUCCAGUAGUUUCACUCGAAAUUCACGUCGUCUCGAAUCGUGAUCGCAUUGGACACCAAGCGUUUGACUUGCGAUUCGAACACGUUCAGACGGAGGAAGUCUUGCGCCGUUUUGACCACCGACCUCACUCCUUCAUUCCCUCGUCAUUGCAAAGUGUGAUAUGGUCUGAACGUUCGCCUGAAGAGCAAGUGAUCUUUCAAGGCAGUCGCGAUCAGGCGGAGCUAGUUCUUAGAGAUUCAUCGGAAGAUGAUCUCAUGGAAUAUAUGCAGUUUGCAGUGGAACAUCGGGCUGAGGAACACGUGUUCUGGAUCUUCGACGCACUUCUUUCUCAUCCUGAACCCAUUGCCGAGGCACUCAGCCAGUGCAUGGACCAGUAUCCGCCGCUAGCGUUUUCCGUUCUCAAGAAACAUCUAACAGACGAUCACGUUGUAUUGCCAGAAUGGCUCAACCACUCUGUACCCUCUCUUAUACGCAACAUCAUUAGGUCCUCGAAUCAACUCGGUAUCGCUUCCUUGGUAGCCUUGGAGAAAGUCUCAGUCAACCUAAGCGCACUCGACUUAUCGCAUUAUAUCUCACUACUCUGGACGGCUGCGUUGACUGUUCGCUCGCCAGAGUUGGUUCAGGAAGUAUUCCUUGUAAUGCAUGAAAGUCAUAUUGCGCGGCAUGUCAAUGAUAUGACAUACGUUUACGCUCAUAAGCAAGCUCUGGGCGUUGUAUUCGACCGUGCUGAGGAAGCCGCAGAUGCAUGUCCAUGUGACGAGUUUGGCCGACCAAGGAGGCAACGCACAAAGCCAACUCGCGGCAGGUUACACCUUCCAAAAGCUUCCAACGAUGAGGCCGACCACGGUACGAAGACUCUUGGCGGGUCCCCGGCACUCGUGGUGGCAGACAUCCGCGUCGACGCACCAACACCAAUUCGAAUCCAUUCCCAUAUUCGUCUACAGGUAGCCUCCUCACCCGAGCAUUCGACUCUUCCGCCCUCUGUGGUUGAUGCUAUUGUCGUCAGAGCCUCCAAGGGCGAACUCUUCUUGACUCUACAGCAGCCACUUCCUCCUGAAUAUGCGGAAGUUGACUGGAAGUUGUAUAGUGCUGGCAGUAUCGCAACUUCGAAAGCUAUGUUAGAUGCUGUUCAGAAGUUAGCUAUGGAAGGUUGGGAGAGCUGCCGAUUCCACAAGAUCAUCACGGGGACAGAAACUCCAGAGCUGAAUGGUAUAUCCUCUCAGACAAUUCAAGACACCCACUCUUCAGAAAUCUCAGACAUUCCAGCUUCACUGAACAGGAGUCAACGGCGUGCAGUCAUAUCGGCUUCUACGGAGACGAUGUCUUUGAUAUGGGGACCUCCUGGUAAUAUUCAUUCUCAUAUUGUUGUUCAGAUUCUGUUGCGGUUCCUUCGCAGAAACCCUGAUGUUCGCAUACUGAUGACCGCAUCAACGCAUAACGCCGUCGACAACGUACUAGAACGGUUUGUAGCAGAAAAUGAAGCUAAUCACCUUCUUGAAGACGAGCAAAUACUACGAGCUGCAACGGAGAGUUCUAGGGUCAACAAGGCAUUGCAAAAGUACACCAUCGAUGCGCGACUUGGAGGGAGUAUCAACGAGGAUCCGCGCCUUCUUCAGAAGGCUGAAAGACGAGUAAAACAAGCUCGAAUUGUCUUUACUACGUGCAGCGGAGCAGGAUUGGGUAUUAUUCGCAACAUCGAUUUUGACACAGUUCUGAUUGACGAAGCCUCCCAAAUCACGGAGCCUGUUGCGCUUAUCCCUCUCGUCAAAGGUUGCAAGACUGCAGUCUUGGUUGGAGAUCACGAACAACUCCGACCAACGGUACGUCCUAUGGGGAAAGCGUUGGAAUUCGACAAGUCCCUAUUCGAAAGACUAUAUACCGGCCCUCUCUAUCCUAUGAUGUCCAGAACGAUGCUUGACGUCCAGUAUCGCUUUUCGGCGGAGGUGGCACGAUUUUGCUCAGAUGAAUUUUACAAUGGAGACUUACAAACUGGAAAUUCUCGACACGAUGACAUUCGCAACAUUUUGGAGCCGUCCUCUUUCCCUUGGCCAACGCGGAAUGAUAGAAUUUUUCCCGUUGUCUUCGUUCCGUGCAGCUCAGAAGAGGAUCAUGGACGAUCGUCAAAGAGCAACAACGGACAGGCAAACCUCGUCAAGUAUAUCAUCCAUCUUCUUCGUACCUCACGAGAAGAUGGGCAAGCAGUCCCUAGUUUGCAUGACAUGUCCGUCGCUGCCCUUACGCCUUAUUCUCGUCAAGUCAAGCUUCUCUCAGAGAUCUUACCUGCAAGCGUGGUAGUCAGUACAAUCGAUGGUUUUCAAGGCAGAGAAAGCGAUGUGGUCGUCUUCUCAACUGUUCGAUGCAACAUGGAAGGCGACAUUGGCUUCGUAGAGGAUAAUAGAAGAUUGAAUGUAGCGUGGACGAGACCCAAACUGGCUUUGAUAAUAGUUGGCGACCGAAGAACACUGUCGUCGAAUCCUCUGUGGACCCGAGCAUUAAAUGCUUGCGAGGAGGUCAAUAUCCCACUGCCCGAGGUUGUUACCACAUAGCGGAAUACAUCAUCUCGCUUUUCUCACUCCGAUUUCAUGCGAAAGUACUGAAGUUUUGACUCAAUGAUGAACCAAAAGAGGUUCUGGGGCCAAUCACAGCCUUGUAUAGGUAGUCCCAGUGGGUCCACAGUUUGCAAGUUGAUGUGUUCUACUCCAUUUAUAAGCUCUAUGUUUUCGAAUGUUUCGCUGUACUCGUCUAGGUAAUCAGAGCUCUUCGGAUGAAUGUCCUUUACGGCUGUGCAGAGAAUGUGUAGGAAAUAUGUCAAGGCGUAUAGGAUACUGACUGGGACCACGUACUCCGUUGCUCAUCUUGUC